AUGGCAGGCGGCCCCAAAUCCGAGGGCGCCGCCCCAGCUCGCCCCCAGACGACGCUGGUGCUCGACAAUGGCGCCUACACGCUCAAGGCAGGCCUCGUUGCGCGCGGCAGCAAAGACGACGACACGGCCGCGCCCCUCGUCAUCCCCAACUGCAUCGCGCGCGACCGGGCGCGGAACAUCUACGUCGGCGCCGACAUCGACAAGUGCCGCGACUGCGGCGAGAUGCAGUUCCGCCGCCCCGUCGAAAAGGGCUUCAUCGUCAACUGGGAGGCGCAAAAGGAGAUUUGGGACCAUCAUCUCUUCCGCGGCCCGCUCAAGUGCGAUCCUGCCGAGACGCGCCUCGUCUUGGCCGAGCCGCCCAGCGGUCUGCCCGCGCUGCAGGCAAACUGCGACCAGGUCGUGUUUGAGGAGUAUGGCUUUGCGAGCUACUACCGUGGUGUUGGCCCUGCUUUCAACGCCUACCACGACAUCCAGGGCCUCUUCCAGACCCUCCGAGACGCACCAACCGUCGCCAACGCGCCCGCCGAAGUCGUCCUCGUCAUCGACUCGGGAUACUCACACACGACCGUCACCCCCGUGCUGCGCGGCCAGCCGCUUCACCCGGCCGUGCGCCGGCUCGACGUGGGCGGCAAGGUGCUCACAAACUAUCUGACGCGCCUCAUCUCCAUGCGCCACUUUGACAUGCGCAACGACACCUACAUUGUCAACGAGAUGAAGGAGCAGGUGUGCUUCGUCUCGGCAGACUUCAAGGCCGACCUCGAGGCCUGCUGGAAGGGCACGCGCGGCGACCGGCGCCGCCAUCAGGGCCUCCUCGCCUCGUCCGGCGACCUCGUCAAGGACUAUGUCCUGCCCGAUUUCCACACCCGCGCCAGGGGCAUCGUCCGCGACUACGACCCGGCGCGGCACUCUAAGGCGCGCAAGGUGGCGGCGGCUGCCGGCGCCGCGGCCGGCGCAGACGAGGACGUGGUGACGUUGCGCAACGAGCGCUUCGCCGUGCCCGAACUCAUCUUCAACCCGUCCGACAUGGGCCUCCGCCAGCCCGGCCUGCCCGACCUGGUCCAGCAGUCGCUGCGCCAGUUGCCCCUCGGCCUCUGGCCCGGCCUCGUUGCAAACGUCAUCGUCGUCGGCGGCAACGCCCUCUUCGACGGCUUCAUCCAACGCCUACAACGCGACGUGGUGCAGCGCCUGCCCGCCGACUGCGUCGUCCGCGUCGCCCGCCCUGCCGACCCCGUCACUAGCACCUGGCGCGGCGCCGCAAACAUGGCCACCAGCGCGCACAUGGACCGCGUCGCCGUCACAAAGCUCGAGUACGAAGAGCUCGGCGCCGCCCUCGUCGCCCGCAAGUUCGCCGCUGGCCUCCACGGCCCUUGA